CACAACAUAAAGUUACUGUAACCUACCGUGCAUACAUACAUAAAGCGCAGUGCAUACAUAGCCAUCUCGCAGCACAGCACCAAUAUCAAAGCCACCGCAACCUCCCUUCCCUUCCCUUCCCUCCCUCCCUUCCUCCCUCCCAUCCAUCCAUCCAUCCAUCCAUCCAUCCAUCCUCCUCCUAACCAACCAACCAAAGAUAAAUAAUAAAAAAACACACAACCACAACCACCCGGUUGCUCUGGUUUUCCCCGACUCCCAAAAACGGAUAUUUACUGACUCGAACGCGUCGACCAACCGCAAACGCUACAUAUAUAUAAAAGAUAUAAAAAAAAUUUAAAAAAAAAGUCAUGCCACAACCAUCGUCAUCAAGGAACACCCGUCAAUCCCUCGCCCCCUCGACCGCAAAAGCACGACAACUCUCCCACCUGAACUCGCAAUUGGCCCAGUUACAGGCUCACCUCGCGGACCUUCAGGACAUCAUGCGCGUUACGGCGGUGCAGGCAGAGAAUAUAAAGUCUCUCGGAGGACUUAAUGGGGCUUUGUAAGCCUUUCCCUUUUUUUUCUUUUCUUUUUCUUUCACUUUUCCCUUUUCUUUUUUUUACCCUUUUUCUUUUCUUUUUCCUUUUUCCCAUUUCCACCCCCCCCCCCCCUCUCCCUCACCUCACCUCACCUUACCUCACCUCGAUCACCCAAUUCACCCUUACUUCACUUCACUUCCCUUUCUUUCCUUCAGCUCUUCAUUUUUUAUUUUUCCCAUUUUUAUUUUACUCUGUCAUUUUAUGGCUUUCUUGGGGGGAGGGGGAGGGGGGGGGUUUCUUUCUUCUCAUGCCAUGCGCUGCGUUGGACUGAACUGGACUGACUGUUGCUGUGACGGGUGGUGGUGGUGGUGGUGGGGGUGGGUUAGAUUGAUGGCUGCAGGGAAGGUGCUCGGUGAACCAUUUGAUCCUAAUACCGGUACUGGCGGGGAAUGAUGGUUAUUGUGAUUGAACGGUGAUGAUGAUGAUGAUGAUGAUGGUGGUGGUGGUGGUGGUGGUGGCGGUGGUUGGCAGUGUGGAAGGGGGACCGUUAUUGUACAGGUACAUUUAUUUUGUGCGUUCGCUUUACUGGUACUUUUUCAUUUAUUUAUUCAUCUAUUCUUUUUA